AUGUUUGGAGGCCAAGGACAGAACUUCAAGUACAAUGACGGAACUGGGGGAAGUUUUAGAGGAAGCCCUUCUUAUUCCAAAACGUGUGAAAAGGCGCCGAACACCCCCUACGACUUGGGGCAGCACAAACUAAGUCAGAUGGUCGACGGCAACACGGAGCUUUUCUCCUGCACUGCAGCUUUCGUUCAGAAAAAUAAUCAUCAAAUUCACGAAGGCCGCGACAAACAGGAGGAUUUCACAAUGCACAUGAACCUACUGCCUGUUGGCGUCAACUGCGACGUUUGCUCGAAAGCUUUUGCCAACAACAACGAUCUUCAAAAGCACGUGGCCUCCCACCACACGCACCUCUGCGCGGUGUGCAACGACACUUUUCCGCAAAUCUCCAAUCUUGUUAAUCACAUGGAAUCCUGGCAUUGGUUCCGAUGCUGCAGAUGCAAUGAAGCAUUCACUGAUCUUGGCACUCGCAACAUGCACCACCGCAAGUGCACGCACAUCAUCAGCUACUAA